AGCUCGGUCUGUCUUCACUGCUUUAACUGUAUUUGCGUGAAGUAAUCGGGAGCAAAUGGAUACAAAUACCAUAUUUGUAGCUGUUCUCAUUCUACACUUUUCUUUUUGUGUGGCAUCAAAGGGACAAUUUGAUGGAAUACAGGACAUGAUUUUGUCCGGGUCUGUGUUCCAGAUAUUUCGAAGAACAACGUUACAGCAGUGUCGCCGACUGUGUGGCUAUUCAUCCAGAUGUCUCUCGGUCAACUGGUCGUCGUUGGCCAAGGAAUGUCAGCUGAAUUCAAAGACCGGGAACAGGGAAAGUUUGCAAUUAUCUGACAAGAACAUCUACCUACCAGUCCAACAGAUGACACCGCAGGCUCAUCCAUGUGCAAAUCAGCCAUGCAGUACCAACCACAUGUGCAUCCCCGUCAACACUGCUAAAGACCAUAUAUGUGUACGUGUUGGUGUGUUCAUACCACAAACUACUGAAGCAGGAAUGGCAACAGCGUCUGCAACAACCACAACAGCUACGGCAACAGUAUCUUCUCAAGCAGCCUCUUCAACUACAUCUACUGUACCUCCUCCUUCACUUGAAGUGACUAUAACUGCUACAACUACUGCCCCAACCACCACCCCUGCAUCAACCACUACUACUAUUACUACUACUCCAACCACCACCCCUGCAUCAACUACUACUACUACCCAAACCACCACCCCUGUAUCAACGUUUACUACUACCACUACCACUACCACUACCACUCCUACUGCCACCACCCCUAAGCCUGCAUCAACCACUACUACUACUACUCCAACCACCACCCCUGCAUCAACCACUACUACUGUUACUACUACUCCAACUACUACCCAUGCAUCAACUACUACUACCACCCCAACCACCACCCCUGUAUCAACGUUUACUACUACCACUACCACUACCACUACCACUACCACUCCUACUGCCAUCACCCCAAAGCCUGCUUCAACUCAUGCAAUAACGAUUCCAGAUACAACCGAAUUUGAAAUGACAAGUCUUGAAACGACCACAACUCCUGCACCGACAACAUCAGCUCCAGCAUCAACGUCAACUGCCGAACUGGCGAGCACGUCUGAUCCAUAUAACGACACAUGUGUAACGGACGUCGACUGUACUACACCUCCUGGCAGAGCUUGCUCUGGUGGUGUCUGCAUAUGUUCCAUCGGAUACGACAUGGACGAGACCAGCGUUGUGUGCAGAAAGCUGACAGAAUGCUCAUCACUUGGAUCUGAGUUCACCCUCCAUGUGGACAAGUAUAUAAAGCAAACGAACUUUAAGACCAUUGAGUAUACAACGUCUGAAGAAUGUGCCCAGUUGUGCUUGGAAGCAGACACAGUGUGCAGAUCGUUUGAAUAUGGUUAUAAUAACUGCCACUUGCAGGACGUCACGUGGUUCAGUGUCGUCAGCAACAAACGUAGGUCCGGGAGUGGUUCGCGUCAUUACCAGCGUAGAUGUAACUGGUGAGGCAGACGUGCCGUCACUGUCCCGCAGCAUGGUCUAAAUUUAUAAUUGUACCUUUCCUUAAAAACCGAUAGAAAUGGUCCAGAGAACUUUCGUGUUUUUCUUUAGUGGGUGUGUAGUACAAAUUUAUACAACUGAUAUUUUUGCCAUCUAGUUUGAGGAAGAUGUGUGAAGAACAAGCUGGUUUUAGAGCUUAUUAUGCAAAUAAAUUGUCAUUUCUAUA